AUGCCCCAUGAGAAACACCACAACCAGCCAUACUGCGGCAUUGCUCCCUUCAUCAGGCACUUUGAGGACCCCAGAGAUGCCCCUCCCCCUACUAGGGCAGAAACUCGUGAUGAGAGGUUGGAGAGAAAGAGGAGGGAGAAGAUCGAGAGGAGGCAGACGGUUGUGGAGACAGAACUAAAGCUCUGGGAUCCACACAAUGACCCCAAUGCUCAGGGGGAUGCCUUCAAGACCCUGUUUGUGGCUCGCGUGAAUUAUGACACAACAGAAGGCGCAGCUCCCGCUCCAGGGAGAGGGAGAGGGGCGACAGGGGUCUGGGCCUGGCAGGGCCCGGAGAGGAGAGCGUAGGGGGUGGCAGGAGGAGAGACCGAGAGAGGGAGCGGGGGGGCAUGGGGAGAUAGUCGUAGCAGGGAGAGGAGCAGAGACAAGGGCGAAAGGAAGAGGAGGAGCCGCAGCCGAGAGCGCAAGCGAGACCGGGAGAGGGGCAAGGGUGGCGAGGGGGAUGAGGGCAUGGGGCUAGGAGAAGGUAUGAUGGGGGAUGGAGGAGAGAGGAUGCCUGUAGAGCCUAGCGUGGGUGAGGAAGGGGGAGAGGUGGGAGAGGAGCGUGGCGGGAGGGAGGGAGCGGGACAGGGAGAGGGACUGCGACCGGAGGCGCAGCCACAGGGACAAGAACCGCGAUAGGGACCGGGAGAGGCACAGGGGGGACAAGCAGAAAGACAGGGAGCAUAAGAGAAACAGGGAGUGGGGUGGUGGGGAGCGCUGGGAGGACCGGCAUGGCUCUCUCCUGCUCCCCUCGGCCGAGCAGGACGACGUGGGUAACGGGGAGGAGGGCGAACCGCCGCCCAAGCCAGAGGAGAACAGCCAGGAUGGGUUGAUGGACCAGGAGUCGGUGCAGUCGGGGGAGGGCUAUGUUUCCAACGAGAACGGCUACAAGAUGGCGACCCAGGCAGACGAGUACUAA